GAGCAGCUGCGAUGCGGGCGGUGUGCGGGCAGCGGGCCGGCCUGGCGCUGGGGCUUGGGCUGGUGCUGGCCCUGCUGCUGGCGGCACGGCGGCGCCGGGCGGUGCGCGAGGUGCUGUUCUUCCCUUCUCCGCCCUGCUGCACCGAGGAGCUGCUGGCCGAGGCGGAGGGCUCCGGCGGCCGCCCCGCUUCGUGCCCGUGCCCGCUGCCGCGCGCGGACUGCUCCCUCAGCCGGCUCCUGCGGCUCGUGCUGUCCGCCCGCCGCUCCCUCGAGCUGUGCCUCUUCGCCUUCUCCAGCCCCGAGCUGGGCCGGGCCGUCUGCAUCCUGCACCGCCGCGGAGUCCGCGUCCGCGUGGUGACGGACGCGCAGUACAUGGCGCUGAAGGGCUCGCAGAUCGGCGUGCUGCGGCUGGUCGGGAUCCAGGUGCGUCACGACCAGGAGAAUGGCUUCAUGCACCACAAGUUCGCCAUCGUGGACAAGAAGACGCUCAUCACGGGCUCCCUCAACUGGACCAUGGAGGCAAUCCAUAACAACCGGGAGAACGUAGUGAUCAUGGAGGACGUGGAGUAUGUGCGGCCUUUUCUGGAUGAGUUUGAAAGGAUUUGGGAAGAGUACAACCCCAACAACUACACGUUUUUUCCCAAAGAAAAUAAAUGAUUCAGCAGCUUCCCUGAGCUGGAGGGGUAUGGAACAGAUGGCAUUCAGGGGGUUUAUUAUUAUCUAUAGCCAUCAGUGUAUUGCCCAUCUGGUUGUAAUUUAGUUAAGCUCCUCCUGAGCUGAAGUGCUCUCUACCCUAAAUUGCCACAGGUGCCUUGUAUGCUAAAUGAGCAGGAAUGACCCAGCUGGUGGGUUCUGUGAGGACAGCAGUGAUGGGAUGCUGUGGGCAGGCUUGUUGCUGUGCCUUGCAGCGAGAAAGGUGAUGUUUGCACUGCGCUCAGGACCAGUGCGGGGAGCUGGGUGUUUUCCAGCUCGUGGUGCUGCAGGAUGGAGCUGUACCCUGAAAGAAGGGUCGGGAGGGCUGCAGCAAAGCUGGUGGAGUAAGCACUGUAGUUGUCCUUCUUUUGUUGGUGUGAAUUAUUGACAGUUUUGUGAAAGGAAAUCUGGGAAAUAGGAAGUUUUGGUUUGUGUCUGAGUUUGCUCUGGUCUGAGGUUAGUAGAGUUGCAGUGUAAACGUGUGAGAGCAGGUAGCAGUGCCAGCUCAUCUUCCAGCAAACCAGUGCAGGGUGUCCCCGGAGAGAACUGAGAGAAGCUGCUCUGUGGGCACAGCCGGCCUUGUCUUAGGAGCAACUACAGCUGCACUGUAACUUGCACCUUGGCCUGCAACUUUAGUUUUAGUGUAACAGUGUUCACUGAUUUAGUUAGAGCUCAAACUGCUCCCUACAAACGCUGCACCUCGCACUGUUAACGUGCUGUUCUCUCAGGCAAGCUCCACAGCACCUGGAGUUUUUUGCACUCGUGGGGUGGCUGGUUCCAAGAUGCAAACUGCUCGAAGUUCCAGGAGAUCCAUAGGGUGUUGUUUAGGAGGGGGGGGGGUAACAGCGUCAGAUUGCGGGUUUGUUCUGUUCUGUUGGAGAAAGUUGGCAUGGGCCUGGGGAAAAAAAACGUGUUGCUAUCAGCUGUGGUGUAGCAGCUGGGAAAGGAGCUGAGACAAUUUGUUCUGUAGUAAGUCUGGUUCAGCAGGUUUAGAUGUAUGCUCCUUUACAUAUUUUAUUGUUGUUAAAAUUAUACCUGUUGCAUUUCCUUUGUCAAGUGUAACUAUAAAAGCAAACAGCUCCCUCUGCUCAG